UGUGCCUUGUUUUGUAAUCACAAAUUUGUUCACCGGUGGUGAUUGUUGCGCCUGCGAUGAAUCGCAGCCUGACGCGCCAAUUCAGUCAACACGUCUCUCAAUGUCACGCCCCAUCGAUUUCAUCAUCUGCUCGGAUCCUGGAGCUCUGUAAAUCGGGUCAGCUCACCGACGCCAUUCGAUUACUCAACUCAACAGACUCGUCUGCGAAGCCGAGACUCUACGCGUUUCUCCUACAAACAUGCACCAAAGUCGUCUCCUUUAUCCACGGCCUUCAGUUUCACGCCCAAGUCAUCAAAUCAGGUAUGGAAGCUGACCGUUACGUUGGUAACAGCUUGCUCUCGCUCUACUUCAAGCUAGUCUCUGAUAUGAGAGAGACUCGGAGAGCUUUCGAUAGAAUGUUCGUCAAAGACGAGAUUUCUUGGACUUCGAUGAUGUCUGGAUACGUUGGGGAUAAACAACAUGUUAAAGCGCUUGAGGUGUUUGUGGAGAUGGUGAGUUUUGGUUUAGAGCCGAACGCGUUUACGUUGUCUUCGGCGAUUAAGGCUUGUUCUGAGCUUGGAGACGUUAGGUCAGGGAGGUGCUUCCAUGGUGUUGUUAUUAGUCGUGGGUUCGAGUGGAACCAUGUUAUCUCUAGCACAUUGGCGUAUAUGUAUGGUGUGAAUCAAGAACCAGUAGAUGCACGCCGAGUGUUCGACGAAAUGCCUGAACCAGAUGUUAUUUGUUGGACAGCUGUACUCUCUGCGUUUUCGAAGAACGAUUUGUAUGAGGAAGCUUUGGGGCUUUUUUACGCGAUGCAUAGGGGAAAAGGGAUGGUGCCCGAUGGGUCUACUUUUGGAACUGUUUUGACAGCUUGUGGUAAUCUGAGGAGGCUGAAGCAAGGGAAAGAGAUUCAUGGGAAGCUUAUAACAAGUGGGAUAGGUAGCAAUGUGGUGGUCGAAAGUAGUCUUCUUGAUAUGUAUGGUAAAUGUGGAUCCGUACGGGAAGCUAGGCAAGUGUUCAAUAGGAUGUCUAAGAAAAACACCGUAUCUUGGUCUGCCCUACUUGGGGGAUACUGUCAGAACGGAGAGCAUGAGAAAGCGAUUGAGAUGUUCAGGGAGAUGGAAGAGAAAGAUCUCUACUGUUUCGGCACUGUUCUUAAGGCGUGUGCUGGUUUGGCAUCAGUAAGACUUGGGAAAGAGAUUCAUGGCCAGUACGUGAGAAGAGGAUGUUGUGAUAAUGUGAUUGUGGAUUCGGCUUUAGUUGACUUGUAUGGGAAGUCCGGAUGCAUUGAUUCUGCUAGUCGUGUGUACUCCAAGAUGUCUUUUAGGAACAUGAUAACAUGGAACGCAAUGCUAUCUGCGCUGGCUCAAAAUGGAAGAGGUGAAGAAGCCGUUAGUUUCUUCAAUGAUAUGGUUAAAAAGGGGAUGAAGCCUGACUAUAUCAGUUUUAUCGCGGUCCUCACUGCAUGUGGUCAUACAGGUUUGGUUGACGAGGGACGGAAUUACUUUGCGUUGAUGGCUAAGAGUUACGGGAUUAAACCAGGUACUGAGCACUACAGUUGCAUGAUUGACCUUCUAGGACGCGCAGGUUUGUUUGAAGAAGCGGAGAAUCUGUUGGAGGGAGCAGAGUGUAGAAAUGAUGCGUCUCUGUGGGGAGUUCUGCUUGGACCUUGUGCUGCAAAUGCAGAUGCCUCCAGUAUUGCAGAGCGGAUUGCGAAGAGAAUGAUGGAAUUGGAUCCAAAGUACCACAUGAGUUAUGUGCUUCUCAGUAACAUGUACAAGGCGAUAGGUCGCCAUGGUGAUGCACUCAGAAUUUGUAAGUUAAUGGUGAGACGAGGAGUAGCAAAGACUAUUGGACAAAGCUGGAUUGAUGCUCAUUAGAAAGCUAUAAAGAUUUGUAUCCCUAUAGGGACCUUGCUCUAGUAUUCAUGAAGAAAUUGGUUUUGGCAACAUUAAACCACACAAUUUUGCUUGAGGUCUCCAUGUAAGCGAUUUGUCUUUACAAAGUAAUUCAAACAAAAAAAACAGUUGCCAGCCUAGACUUUGCAGAGAAAAGGGUUGUGUCAAAUGUUUUGUGGAUGAUUGAAGAUUUUAACCUCAAGCCGCCAUUGAUACAUCUUCUGGUAAAGAGUGUUUGCUUCAUAGUGCACGCAUCAAGGUCGAUUUUGUAGCUUCACGCUUCAUCUCUGCAGCUUUGCCACUCCCUCGGAAGUAUGCAUAUACUUGCUGAAAAUCGAGUAUUGCACGCCAUGGGUUAGAAAAACAGAUGGAUUGAAGUGAUUUACAAGUUGAUAAAUUCUGGAGUAGAAGAAGUUGAGAAACCUGAAUGACCCAGAUAUUGAGAAGUGUUUCGAUGCAGAAGAACCCAGCACCAAUGAAGUACAUUAUCUUUGAGGGUAAAAAAGAAGAAAUUUA